GUAUCAGCGGCCAGUACGGUUCCAUCCCUUCUGCAGAGACGACGCUGCCGGAGCAGCCCUAGUAGUCUGUGCUCCCACUUACUCGAACGGAGAUGCUCGUUAACAAGUGUCAUCGUGCGCUGAGCGUGUGGACUUCAUCUCGGCAACUCCUAACUGGCGUUGCAACGUGGAAAAGAUGUUUGACCGGUUCAACACCGAAAGAACCAGAAAAGCCGGUAGUUGUGACGGAAGUGCCCGGUCCUCGAUCACAUACAUUACUGAAAGAAUUAAACAUGAUACAGCAAGCAUCAUCCGUACAAUUCUUCGCAGACUACGAAAAAUCAGCCGGUAAUUACAUAAUGGACGUUGAUGGAAACGCGCUGCUGGACGUUUACAUGCAAAUCUCGUCGAUGCCCUUAGGGUAUAAUCAUUCGGCGAUGUUGGAGGCUCUCGCCGAUCCCGUUAACCAAAAAAUUAUGGCGAACAGACCCGCAUUAGGUGUCUUUCCAGGAAAAGACUGGCCUAGCAGAUUGAGUAAUGUUUUGCUCCAGAAAGAGAUCGCACCGCCCGGAUUAUCUCAUAUCACGACAAUGAUGUGUGGAUCUUGUUCCAAUGAAAACGCUUUCAAAAAUAUUUUUAUCUGGUACGCGGGGAAACAGAGAAAAGGAGCGUCGUUUACGAAGGAAGAGAUGGAAUCGUGCAUGAUGAAUCAAGUACCCGGCUCGCCGCGAUACUCCAUUAUGUCUUUUAAAGGUGCCUUCCACGGAAGAACCUUGGGCUGUCUCUCCACGACUCACAGCAAAUACAUUCACAAAUUGGAUAUACCAGCUUUUGAUUGGCCUAUCGCGACUUUUCCACAGUACAAAUAUCCUUUGGAAGAAAACAAACGGGAAAAUCAGCAGGAGGACAAACGUUGCCUCGCAGAGGUCGAGGAAUUGUUCGAAAAGUACGAGAAGGAAAAACAAGUACCUGUGGCUGGUGUGAUAAUUGAACCUAUUCAAUCGGAAGGUGGCGACAACCACGCGUCGCCAGAAUUCUUUCAGGAACUUCAACGUAUAACACGAAAGCGCGGAGCCGCGUUACUUAUCGACGAGGUGCAAACCGGUGGCGGGCCAACGGGAAAAAUGUGGUGUCACGAGCACUUCAAUCUAGAUACGUCACCAGACGUCGUGACUUUCAGCAAAAAAAUGCAACUUGGCGGCUAUUAUCACACAGAGGAUUUAAAGCCGAAACAAUCGUAUCGCGUGUUCAACACUUGGAUGGGCGAUCCCAGCAAAGUGAUAUUGCUAGAAGCGGUCUUGAAGAUAAUCAAGAAGGAGAAUCUCUUAGAUAGAGUUACGCGGGUUGGCGACUACAUGUUAAAGCAUCUGAUGGAUAUACAAAAGGAGCAUUCUAGUGUGAUAAGCGCCGUGCGCGGACGUGGGACUUUCAUAGCAUUUAAUUGCACCUCGUCGGAAAUGCGAGACGCUCUUAUCAAAAAACUUUUGACCAAGGGUAUCCAGGCUGGUGGAUGUGGCAAUCAGUCCGUACGAUUGAGGCCUGCGUUGACCUUCACAGAGCGUCAUGCUGACAUAUUUUUGAACGCGCUUCGUUCCGUGCUAAAAGAAUAAGGAUGAUCUAUUUAACAGAAUAAGAACGUUCUUUGUCUUCCAGAUUAAAUGUCUUCCAUUAAAGAAUAAUUAUUAUAUCACAAUGUACGAGAAUGUGUGUAUAAAUAUUCAUUAUUUUUGUAUGGCAGUUACAAUUUAUGCAGAUGACGUAAUUGAAAGAAAAACUCAAGAAUAAUGAAUUAUGAGAGAGGUUAAUCAAUUUGUUUUGUAUAUAUAUAUAUAUAUUAAGUUUAUAUGUACAUAUAUAUGUAUAAAAUAUUACAGAAAAUGCGAAAUACUACAGUAGAAAUAUAUUUUUUAACAAAGUUUUUGUCACUUACGUAAAUAUCUGGAUAAUACUUUUAUUGCACGAACGUAUAAAUUUUUAUACAUUGAUUAUACAUUUUGUACAAUAUUCAUUUCUAGUUUGGAAAACAUGAUGUGUGUGUAUAUAUACACACAGCCAAGUUUCGUAGUAUGGAAAAGGACUGAUUUCUUUUGAACAAAUAAAUCGAAAAUGUAGAAAAAGAAGUUUUUGCACGAGACUUAGUUUCCGACUCGAAAUCUUUCAAAUUUCAAAUUUGAAAGAUUUUGAGUUUUGGUUAAAAAAAUAUUAUUCUAUAUUUUCGACUUAUUUUUUCAAAAAGAAUUAGCCUUUUCUCGAUUGUAUUACUGAACCAUAGUCUGUACAAUAUGGAGAUUAAUUUGUUAUUACCAAUUAAUUAUUAUAAUUUAUAUCCUUUUGUUAAUUUUGUUUCAUUACUGUUGCUGAUUGACUUGAUAGAAAAGACUAGUUAGAAAAAUUAUUGUGUACAAUUUUAAAAUGUCUUCCAAAGGAACUGCCAAUAAAAUAUAUUUAAACUA